AUGCGGUCCCAUCGCAUAUGCGCAGAGCAAUUCUUUUGUCAAGCAGUCAACAUUUCGCAUGUUUCACCACGGCCUGAUGCAGCGCUUCGUCAAUCCGUUCCCUUUUGCGCUGUUCAUUCUUGUUUCACUUCCAACAUCAUACUAACGGACGCUGUUCUUCUAUGUCCCAUAGUCGUUCUUGCCAUCCGCAUAUUCGAUCAAAGCAACACUCGCAUUCGCCCUUCUCGAGGAAACCAGCUCAACAACACCAAGGCCGCAACUGCCCUUGAUGUGCCUUCCGCAGGCCUUCGACGUGUUCCUUCCGACGGUCUGAGCGAAACGCAAGAAAAAAUGGAGUCCAGAGCCACAGAACUCUUGGGCACUCUCAAAAACCCAAAUAUUUCAAUUGAUGCCAAAAUCACAGCGCUUACGAACCUCAAGUCCGAAAUCAAGCAGAAAAAUGUCCCUGAAACAGCCGUCCUUCCCAUAUUUGAGAGCUUGCGAGUUGCGAUAUCAAACCAGCACCCGUCUCUGUCUUCUGCGGGCUUUUCAACACUCGGGCACUUGCUUAAGCGGUUGUACAUACAAGAAUAUCACAACCUGGUUGCCUUUCAUGCCCGCCAAUUGUACUCCAUUUGUCUAGAGCGUUUUGGAGACCAUAAAGAACGCCUUCGCUCCCAAGCAUCUCAAGCCUUCACCGACCUGUGGGCUGCAGCUCCUCAAGAAGUCGAAAGCCAUGUCCUGGGAAUUGCUUUGGUUGGAAAGAAUGCACGGGCUAGGGAGAUGAGCAUGGCAUGGUUGGCUACUAUGACCAGAGAACAUAAUAUCCUGUUCCGCGCGCAUGUUCCUUCGCUAGUUGCUGCUUUGGAGGACGCCGAUAGUGGCGUCCGGGAUACCGCAAAGACUACUAUCAUCGAAAUAUUUCAGAAUGCGCCAUCCCGGGCUAAAUCCGAUUUAAAGAAGCAACUUUCCGAACACGGUGUGCGAAAAUCUAUAGUUUCUGCAAUUUUGUCUAGUCUGGGUCUUUCCGAUCACGAUAUGAUGUCAAGCAGCCGAUCAGAGACACGUCGUCCUGGAAGCAGUCUUGCAAUUUCUCGCCAUCGUGACGAUCCACCUCGGCCAAAUUCUGUGCUAUCUACACGCCCACAAAGCCGCGUUGGCAUUACUCGAGAAGAUGCGGAACACACCCUUCGACCGCCUUCAAGAGUAGACCUGCAUUCUAAGGGAUUGUCUCACAGUGUUAGCACGGAUUCUUUAAAUGCUUCAGCUACAGCUGCAUUGGAAGGCGAAAGCAUUGAGCCUCUGUUCGUGAGCUCGAAUCGGGAGAUCGACGACCUAAUACGGAAUAUACAACCUCAUUUCGAGGGCAGGGAAACGGAGCAUAAUUGGAUUCCUCGUGAGAAGUCAGUUGAGACACUUCGGAAACUUGUACGCGGAAAUGCUCCGCAAUCCUAUUCUCAACAUUUCCUUGCUGGCAUCAAAACUCUUCUCGAUGGAAUCUUAAAAGUGGUGAACUCGUUGCGGACUACUCUGUCUACAGCGGGCUGUCUCUUAAUCCAAGAAAUUGCGAAAAUAUGCGGCCCGGGAAUCGACCAUAUGGUGGAAAUCCUGCUGCAGAACAUGAUCAAGCUAUGUGCUGGAAUGAAGAAGAUCAGUGCGCAGAAUGGUAAUCUCACCGUGGAUGCUAUCAUUCAAAACAUAACUUAUGUUCCUCGCAUCCUUCAGCAUGUGUCGUUUGCUUGUCAAGACAAAAAUGUUCAGCCCCGCCUAUAUGCAACAGGCUGGUUGAAAACUCUCCUUCUCAAACAGUCUCGCCAUAAGAGCUCAAUUGAGCACGGCGGAGGUCUCGACUUGGUCGAGAAAUGCAUCAAAAAAUGCCUUGGUGAUCCGAACCCUGGGGUCCGAGAGAGUAUGCGUGGAACAUUUUGGACUUUCCACCAGCUCUGGCCCGAUCGCGCAGAAGAGUACGAUUAUUUUUACUUUUUUACCUUGUUAGAGAAAGAUCCCGCCAAUCCGAAUGCAGCAGCUGCAUCAGACAGCCGCUCUCAGCAGGCCUUUUCGAGCAGUGUCGCAUCAAGUCAUCGGCCUACUCUCAAAGAAACAAUUGCGGCUCAGAAGAGAGCUGCUGCCGCAAAGAAUAUCCCUCCACGGCCCGAAUCUGCGCAAUCUACAUUCGCCGAUACUAAACCCACACGCCCGGCGACGCGGACUCCGGCAUCCAAGGCUGCGAGUACUACACGAACUGUCCCAACGGGCGCCCACCUUUCUUCCUUGUCAUCUGCUCCAAUGCGGCCGGCAGUGAAGCCGCGACGACCAGAGAUAACACGGCCAGCGACUGCAGAUCCCUAUGCCGAGAGAAGACCCCCCAGUGCGGCGUCCAGUGGGAAACCCGUAAGCCCUGAAGUCAGUCCGGCCAAGUCUAGGGCGAAAAUUGUUGCAACACCUAGCGCAAGGUCACCAGCACGGCCUAAAUCAAGAGCUGGCGCUGCCCCAGCAAGCAGUACUACCAGAAGCAAGCCUAAGAAGCUCGACAUUUCAAGUCUCAAAUCCGGCGACAUUCACACCGCACCAGGAGCUGGGGAUGAUUCAGAUGAUAACAUGCAACCGAAUCCUACGAGAGAGAGUGAGAUAGCCGAGUUGGCGCUACGUGAAAAGACUCGUGUAGUCGAGCAUCCGGUUGUACUUGCGGGGGAUGGCCACAAGCCUGCACACAACACUCAUACACACAACGAUUUAAUGACAAGGGAAGAGCUCCCUAUCCCCGUCGACGAUGUGCCUGAGACCGCCAACAUAGUGACCUCUCCGUCUCGAAUACCAGUCACCCACUCGCGCACAAAUAGUGGUGAAACGUAUGGCACCUCUUUUGUAAUAGCUUCUCCACGCGUGCGUCAUUCAAGAAACCCAAGUGAAGAUAAACAAAGCCACAUACCAAGUCCUAUCGCUCCUCGUCAUGAGGAACAUCGACCCGCUGGUCUCACCGUCUAUGAAGACCCAGAGGCACAUGUCGAUGCCGAAACAACCCACUCCAACAACAUUACGCGAGACCCAGAUGUUUCCAAGAAAUCUGUUUUGGAAGAGAUUCCGGUAAACGAGCCCAAUGUACCUACUCCACGCACUGUCAAACAACCGGUAUUGUCUCCCAGUCCGUUAAGUGGCACUGUAGGGUUGCCUAGUGAGUUGGAGAAUACCCAUCGCGUUGCAGGGAAAGUCGGAGCGGUUGAUAGACGCAGAAGCCUUAGUCCUCGGUCAAAGGAUGUGACUAAAGCGAGAGAAAUGAUGGACAAAGGCAUUAUUCGCAUCAAAGCAAAAGCUUUGGACGUGCAUGGGUACCGAAAACUGCAGGGACUCAUCAAAUACCACACUUCGAUAUUUAUCGAUGAGUCAAAGUACGAUGAGAUGCUAAUAGGGCUUGUUGAUGCGCUAGAGGCUCCCGGCGAGGACAAGCGGACAUCGGUGUCUCGCUCAAUGGACCUCAAGAUACAGAUCCUUGUUACUAUCCGGCUCCUGUUCGCGUAUAAUGGGGCGUACUUUGCCGUCCAUUACCCUCGAGUGAUGACAGCGCUUCUUAAUACGCGCAAAAAUUACGAACUUACCCACCACAUAGUGAGCGGGCUUGAAGAGACAGCCGAGGAUAUAGUUGCAUCUUGCGAAGCGGUGGAAGUGAUUUUUGCAGUGCUUGAUUUGAUCGAGAUGGAGAAACAUGACGAUGAAGGCUAUCGUGCGAUCACGAUGGGGAUCUACAUAAUAUCGGGCCUACUCAAGCGUCUUAAUAAGGACCGCCGGACGUUAGAUGAGGGCGAAAUCGAACGAUUAGGAAGGUUUGCCAGCACGAGUCUUACGCAGCCGCAACCUGAUGUGAGACGUGCUAUCACAGAGUUCUGCGUGGAGUUGCAUGGAAUGGUACAAAACGAGGAAGUAUUUUGGCGCAUGGUCAAUUCUCCUGGCAACGACCAGCGCAAUCUGUUGACGUACUUUAUUGCGAAGAAGUCGUCUCAAGCUAUUCGAUCAUAG